AUGAGUAAGAGUUUGAAUGAAACAGUUUUGGAUUCAGCUGUUUCAAAAGGGAAACUCAAUCUGGGCAUUCUGUAUAUUCAUUUCUCCUCUGGAAUUCCCUUUUCUGGUUUGAAAACUGUCUGGUGCAGCCUAUAUCAACCUAAACAUCACUUCAUUCUGUGGUUGGCUGCUCAUCAAAAACUACUUACCAGGGAUCACCUGAUUCAUUGCCAUAUCCCUGUUAACUCUCCUAGCUGUCCGGUGUGUGAGGCUGCCUUGGAGAGUCAUGCUCAUUUGUUCUUUAACUGCUGGUUUUCGAGGAGGCUUCAUCAAUUGAUUUCCAGAUGGUUAGGUGCCUUAGUUUGGCCAGAUAACUACCAGGAAUGGUGCUGCUGGCUUAGUGUGCCCAGGAAAGACAGUUUAUCCAGGGUGGUUUCAGCAGCCUUGGCAGCUACAGUUUACUUCAUAUGGAUCAACAGGAAUAGAUGCUGGCAGGAGAGUAGUUGUUAUGUUGUGGAUUAUGUUUUUGGUCUUAUUAGAGACUCUGUUAAAGCUAGAGUGCAUAAUUUCAGUCAUAAUUGUAAAAAAUUGAACCUUAGGGAGAAAAUGAUGCUUCAAUUUUUUCUCUAG